AAUAUGAGGAAGUCUAAAGACCAAGUGAGUUUUCCUACCUUCCACAAAAACCAAAAACUGAUCGAACCAGACAAGUUCAAGUUAAGUAAGUUGACUGCACCGAUGGCAGUGCCACUAGCAUCACUUUCACCAAAUGUAUUCGGCUUACUUGCCACUUGAGAGUCGACGGCAGAGUCAGUGCAUUGCAGCCAGUUGAAGGUGAACGGUGUGUAUGCAAUCAUGCAACUAAUCUAUCGCGAACUGGAUGCAGAUAUUGUGCGUCGCACAAAUGCCUUAUUCCCGGCACAAGAUUGUUUUGUGGAGGUGCUUCCCGAUCAAUUGAUUAUACCAAGGAAGUAUAUCGAACUGGGUGAAUCGAUACGAUCAUUGCCAGUGUAUAAGGAUGAUGUUUGGAUGGUUUCCUAUCCACGCACAGGUUCAACAUGGGCCCAAGAAAUGGUCUGGUUGUUGGGACAUCAAUUGGACUACGAGGCUGCCAAAGAAGACAUACGUUCACGGGCUCCUUUAAUUGAGCUAUCGGCGCUUUUCAGUACAGAUCAUCAUCAGUGGGUGAGUCAAGCGUUUGGAAAUACUGUGGAUAUGGUACGCAAUUUACCAAGACCUCGAUAUGCUCGAUCCCAUCUCUCCUGGCAAUUGCUACCCGAGCAGUUUGAUCAGAUUAAGCCCAAGAUUGUCUAUACUGCACGUAAUCCUAAAGAUUUGUGUGUGUCCUAUUAUCACUAUUGCAAGCUGCUUCAUGGCCUUAACGGCGAUUUUGAGGAAUUCGUGGAGCUCUUCCUGGGUGGGCACACACCGAUGGGACCAUACUGGAAGCAUGUCUUACCCUUCUGGAAACGUAGCCAAGACGACAACGUACUGUUCAUUAAGUACGAGGAUAUGGUUAGGGAUUUACCAACAGUUGUUCAACAAUGCGCCAAAUUCAUGAAUGCUUCCCACCUGCUCAAUGAGACAAGCUUGCAGCGUAUUUGUCAGCACCUGCAAUUUGACAGCAUGCAAAAUAAUAGCGCAGUUAACCUGGAAAAUGUGUUUCCACAACAGAUCGGAUCAGGAUCAAAGUUUAUACGCAAGGGAAAGAUCGGCGAUUGGCGCAAUCAUAUGAGCGAAGAUAUAUCCCAUCGUUUUGACACUUGGAGCGAGCAGCAGACUCGUGGUAGUGGCUUAAGAUUUGACUACGAUUGAAAAAUGAUUAUUAUCUUUAAUACAAAGUACUAAAUAGCUAUUAUUCUUACAUUUAAAUACAAGUCUAUUAAAACAACUUAAAGCUCA